GGCGGCAGGGCGGCGGCAGCAGCGGCGCAGCUCCGCUCCCCGCGCGUCUCCGGUCCCCGCGCCCAGGUGGGGCGCGCAUCCUCCACCGCCGGGAUGCGGCCAGCCGCCCGCCGCGGAAGCCGCCUGGCGCCGCCGGCGCUGCUCGCGCUCCUCACCUGCUCCCUGGCUUUUGCUUUGGUUUCUGAAGAUAUAAAGAAAGAGGUCACGCGGUCUCAGGAUUUGGAGAAUGCAAGUGGCGUAUCAAGGAGAAAUGACAUAGACUUAAAAGGAAUUGUGUUUGUCAUCCAGAGUCAAAGUAAUUCUUUUCAUGCAAAGAGAGCAGAACAAUUAAAAAAAAACAUCUUAAAGCAGGCAGCAAACCUUACACAGGAGCUCCCCAGAGUCCUCCUCCUCCACCAGCUGGCCGAGCAGGAAGGAGCCUGGACCGUACUUCCGCUGCUGCCGCACUUUGCUGUAACAUACAGCAGAAAUUCGUCAUGGAUUUUCUUCUGUGAAGAAGAGACAAGAAUACAGAUUCCAAAACUCUUAGAAACACUCAGCAGAUACGACCCCUCAAAGGAAUGGUUUUUAGGAAAAGCAUUACAUGAUGAAGAAUCUACAAUAAUUCACCAUUAUGCCUUUUCUGAAAAUCCUACAGUUUUUAAAUAUCCAGACUUUGCUGCUGGCUGGGCCCUUAGUUUUCCACUUGUAAACAAGCUUACCAAGAAAUUAAAGAGUGAAUCCCUGAAAUCCGACUUUACAAUAGAUUUAAAACAUGAGAUUGCCCUCUACAUCUGGGACAAAGGCGGAGGGCCUGCCCUCACCCCAGUGCCUGAGUUCUGCACAGAUGGCGGGGACUCCGACUGUGCUACCACAUUCCGUUCCUUUCUACCACUUUGCGGAGAACCAGUGAAGAAGGAGAAUAUUUUUGUUGCAGUAAAAACAUGCAGGAAAUUUCAUGGUGACAGAAUACCCAUCGUAAAGCAGACUUGGGAGGGACAAGCAAGUCUCAUCGAGUACUACAGUGACUAUGCUGAAAGUUCCAUCCCUACUGUGGAUUUGGGAGUUCCUAAUACGGACAGAGGUCAUUGUGGAAAGACAUUUGCCAUUUUGGAAAGAUUUCUGAAUCGUAGCCAUGACAAAAUAGCAUGGUUAGUCAUUGUGGAUGAUGAUACGUUAAUAAGUGUGUCCCGGCUCCAGCACCUGCUCAGCUGUUACGACGCCAGCGAGCCCGUGUUCCUGGGAGAGCGCUACGGCUACGGCCUGGGCACCGGCGGCUACAGCUACGUCACGGGCGGAGGAGGAAUGGUCUUCAGCAGAGAAGCCAUCAGGAGACUUGUCGCCAGUAACUGUCGAUGCUACAGCAACGAUGCCCCCGAUGACAUGGUCCUGGGAAUGUGCUUCAGUGGGCUGGGAGUCCCUGUGACACACAGCCCUCUCUUCCACCAGGCCCGGCCAGUGGAUUACCCUAAGGACUACCUUUCUCAUCAAGUUCCCAUAUCGUUCCACAAACACUGGAACAUCGAUCCAGUGAAGGUAUAUUUCACGUGGUUGGCUCCCAGCGAGGAAGACAAAGCCGGACAGGAGACACAAAAGGGUUUUAGAGAAGAAUUAUAAGUCACAGGGGCCUCCGAGCACAGUUUGGGCAGGAAACAGAGCUGGAGACUGUGACAUCGUCCCGCUGUGCUGUGCUCACACUGCUCGUGUCGGCUGCGUGGCAUCGGACGCUUUCUGACUUUAGGUGGAAAUUCUGUGUAUGGUAUGUUUUCAUGGGGGAAGAAAAGGAGUCAAGAGGAAACAGAUUUUUUUUUUCUGGGAAAAAUCAUUUGCUUUUGACUUAUGCAGUUGUUGUGCCACAUAGUGAUUACUGUGCAUUUUUCAAGCUGUGAUACAGCAGUAUUAUUACCCUCACAGGAAAAUAAAUGGUGCCAGAAGUCCUUCUCCUGUUCGCGCUCUUCAUUGUAACGGAAGGUUCAGCUGGGCGUGAGCCUGGAGAGAUGUGACUGUCUAUUCUGUACGCAUAUAAAGAAGAGUGAACGUCUUUGACAUGGAUAUUGCCGAUGGGAUGAACUUUUAAACCACAUUAUUGAUGAUGAAAAUUAUUUCCUGGGAACUCAGUACAAAUAAUGCUUUGUUGAGGAUCAUUCAUAAAACAUCAUGAGGGGCUAGAUAUGAAAUCCCCUGUAGUCUAUAAUCAUGGUUAUGUUUUAUCUAUUCUUUUGCUGUUUGUGCCCCAUAAAAGAGAAUAAGAGAUCUUCUGCUAGAGCUUCCUAUUUCUUUAGAAGUUCGUCUGUGUUCUGUUUCUCCCUGAAGCCCAUCUUUAUGGCCUACUUGUAACAUGAAAGUGUAGUGGAUGCUGCCAGAAAAUAGUGGCCUCAAUAUUUUAAAGCAACGUUGACAUGAUUUAUUCAA